AUGGGCAUUAUUAGAACAGAUUGGCCAGGAGUGCGGAUUCUACCUACAAAAUCCCAAAUUACAUCACAGCGAAGUACAGGAAAAUACUACUUGGAAUCAGCCGACAACUCGUCAAUUGUCUGGAUGCUGGACGGAUGCGAACACGAGUCAAUGCUCGCGAGGGCAGAAACCGGUCUUUCACUUCACGAUGAAGAGGCCAUGGAUAAACCUAAACGUCCGAAGAAACCUAUGACAGAAGAGGAGAGAGCAGCCCUAGCGAAGAAGCUCGAUGAUGAUUUGGAACAGUUUAUAGAAGAAAUGGCUGCUAAGAAGGCAGCGGAAAAAGUUGAGAAAAAACCUUUCGAUUUCGAUGAAUGGUGCAAGGAUAUCGAUCAACACCCAGCCUUCAUGAAAGAUCUUGAUACGGGAUUAAAAGGUCGAUAUGCAGACACAAUCAGCGCGCUUCAGGCCAUGAAGUACGACGAAGACGAUAACGAAGACAAGCAAGCCAAUGCGGAACGUCACAAGAAGGAAGGAAAUAAGCAUUUCGAAUUGAAAAAGUAUCGUUGGGCAACCGAUUGUUAUACUGAAGGAAUAAAACAACAGUGUCUGGACCGCAAAUUGAAUUCGGUAUUAUACAGUAAUCGUGCAGCAGCACAAAAACGUAUCGGAAACUUGCGCUCUGCUAUCAAAGAUUGUGCUAUGGCGCGGAAAUUUGACCCGACAAAUCUGAAGGCCGUUAUACGAGGUGCUGAAUGUCUAUUGGAACUCGAAUACGCAAAACAAUGUGUUGAAUGGAUUGAAUCAGCAAAGAAGAAUUUUGCUUUUACAAAGGAAACUGAAGAAGGAGGGGAUGUCACUGAAGCAGAGCAUAAACAGCUCGAUUCUUUAGUGGAUCUUAAGGAUAAAGCUACGCAAGCAGUGGUUGUGGAGGAACGAAAUCAAAGAAAAGCACGAGCUGAAGAGAAAAAGGAUACCGAAGCGAAACGACGGUUGCUAACUGCAUUGAGCGAACGCAAACUCAACCUCCGCCCCCGACUUCCUUUUAAACGUCCUGAGCUAAUGGACUGGUCUCUGCUAGAAGUGAAUUUGGCGCAGACCCCAGAGCACUAUCGUGUUUCUUUUAAUGAAGAUGGAGAUCUUCAGUGGCCGUUCUUGAUACAAUAUCCACAGGUUGGACAGGUUGAUGUUUUGACAGACUGCAAUGAAACAUCACAAAUUGGCUCUGUACUGCGGCCGAUGCUAGAGUCACCAGCUGAGUGGGACACCGAUCACAGGUUCAAGAUAGAUAAUAUUCGAAUGUUCGUCUCGGACGAAUAUGAUGAAUAUGUUAUGGAAGUUUUUGAAUGGUCAACGUUUGGUUCAAUAUUGAGUUUGCCUGGUUAUCAAAUUGUUCAGGGCUUACCGGUAGUGAUGAUCUACACUCGUGAUGAGGUUGACCAAAAAUUCACCGCUUUUGAAGAGAAUAAAUUCAUUAUAAACUAG